AUGUCUGCAGUGGCAGAAUUCCUCCAUCUGCCCACGACGGUAGUACGUCGGGCACCCCGCCUCAGUGCGGGCAUCUCUCAACUCACAAAUCGACCCGCCAUGCCAGGAAAGCUGGCAGCCAUUUCCCAUGGCAAGCUACAACGCGAAGCUGCAUCUCAAACCCCCGACCUUCGCCGCUGCCUAGGCCACCACAACAUUCUCAUCCGUUGCGUGAAAGCAGCCCAAGAAGACAAUGCCCGAGUCAUGAAAGAAACCUAUGAAGAUGAUCCAGAUCUGGCGCCCACGAGCGGAGAGUCAGAAUUUCCGCCCAUCCGGACGCAGAUCACCAACGCUGUCAAGACUAUGGUGCGAAACCGGCGCACUACCACGGCAGACAAACCCUCAGAUAACGGACUGGUUCGUGUGGAUGCAAAUGGCCCAGAGACAACUAUACGACCGAAACGACGCGGAGUUCUUGCAACGAUGUUAGGGCUGAAAGGCAAAGGAAUAUUCCGGAAUUCGCAAACGAAGGAUAAUUUGCGCAUGCAUUCUGCUUUUUGA